GAAGAAUUUAACGCAAAAUUAAUCGUAAAUAUUAUUAAAAAAUAAAAAAUCGACGUGCGAUGAAAUCUCGCCUUACCGGUAACCGAAUAGAGAAGAAACAAGACCGAAAAAUCACUAGCGACGAAAUUGAUACAAAUAACGAAUCCAAUAAUUCAUUUAAAUACGUUUUAUCUGGAGAUCUAUAUAUUAUUGGAAGAUUAUGGAUAGAAGCAUUGAAGACAGCUUUAAUUGGUAUGAACUUCCGCCUGAUUCCGGUGGUCGAAGCGGCGAAAGUUCCAGAAACACCACAGAAGCCACCGUCAAUGAAAUAUACUGACUUACCCCUGUACAAAAGUCCGCAUUACGAAUAUAAGGACCAUUUAGAAGCUAACCAGAAAUGCCCAGACGCUAACGUCAAACUGUUACAUCGAUCCUUACUCCCGUAUGUCAAAUGCUACAGACAUAUAAUUGCAAGGAACAUCUGCGAAGCCAAAUGUUUUGUAGAAGAGAAAUACUUUAACACCUGCAAUGUUAUCCGCAACGCAAGGAAAGAUUUCAAACAAAGCAUGAGAGAUCCAAAGAAUUUACCGAUCAGACAGGUCACGGUUGCUUUUGGUGGUACAGCUGGAUACAUUCUAGGUGGAGGGGGUGGUAUACCGAGGCGCAUAUUCUUCACGAGUCUUGGGUUUAUAUCAGCUGGUGCCUUAUGCUUUCCACAGGAAACUGAUGAUAUAUUCAGAAACGUGACUUAUACGUUUGGUAAAGUUUUCAUAGCGGUUUAUAAUAAAUGGUGCGGUAAAGAAUUUCUUAUGAGAGAGAAAUUGGCUUGCAAGGAUGAGUUACCACCACCGCCUCCUACCAGGAAACCAAUUCCAUGCCCUCCAAAAUAAUACUAGUGGUAUUUAUAAGUGCUUUUA